UUUGGAUUGUUUGUUGAACGUAGCAGCAGAGAUGAUCAUUUUAAAUCUAAUUAGUUAUUUUAUUUUAUUAAAAGUAGUUUGUGCCGCUGGUGUUUGCAAAUCUACAGAAAAGCCAGUUGCCAGGAAUUCAAUACGAUUAGGACGAGAACACAACGGACGACCUGUAAAGGUUACAGUGCGUGUUGUAAACAUCCCGAAAUCGGCCGUCGAAUACGAGAUUAAAAGCACAAGCACCGGACCUUAUUACAGACGAACCAUUCUCAACUGGACAUGCUUUGAAGAUGUUGUUAGCGUAGAAUUAAAGGACCGGUCAUCUAAGAGUUACGAAAUAAGGAUAUUUCAAUUGUCUAACCGGUUUUGCACGGCGCGAAUGUUCAACGUGAACUAUGUGUCUUCGGUAAGCAGAUCUGAAAAGUUGCUCGUAGACGUGGACUUGAGAAGAGGAUGUACCGAAUUUGUGAAGAAUCGUGACCCCAAAUCGACGACGUCCUAUGAGGAGCGACCACAACCCGUCACGCCGGCGUCACUGCCGCGAUCUCUGCCUGACUGCCUGAGUUAUCAGGAUCAAGUGUGCCUCUAUUUCUCGACUGCCGCUAUCUACAUAGUGGCCUUAAUAUUAUGCCUCCUAAUUAUAACCGUACUGUCGAUCCGCAUUUAUUGCUACGAGCAUAAAGAAACGCCAAAGAGAUGCGAACUAGUUCGCGAAGAAGUUACCGACGGAUACGAACCACCUCCGAAUGUUCCAAGCAGUACCGAGAAGCUGGCUCCAAACGAAAACAUCAAAAGUCAUUCGCCGAUUAACCCCCCAAGAAAUGAACCAAUGACGGUAACCAAACAGUUGCGGAGAAGUUUUAAGCAGCACUCUUCUAUGACCAUGUCGAGGGCUUUGAGUAAGCCCCCCAUACUGAGACUCCAAAAAGCGAUCGGUAAUGAUUACGCUGCUUCUCUGCCGUCUCGUCAAUGUUGUGUGGUCGUGAACGAAUUUGCUGACGACGAGAAUCCAUAUGAACCACCACCAAUUAUGCCGAAAUCACCUAAGAUGCAACACCUUCGGAAUAUCAAGCCUCGUCCACCGAUACCCGGAUAUUUUAAAGAGACAUCCAGAGGCAACGAGACGCAUCAGACCAGUCCCUCUGCGUCACCGAAAGCCGCCAGAACUCCGACGAGACCUCACGUGGUCAAACCAAAUGUUCGCCUUAACCAUACCAAUAUAUCGUCGGAGCUGAAUAAUCUGAUUCAAAAGAAAUUACCUCACGAAUUAUCUAAUAACAAACCGCAGCCCGAACAUUUACGCUCUCGGCAGACACCGUUCAAAGGUCAUUCGAAAACGUCAAGACAAGAAGAUCUGUGUCAGCGUCCGGAGUUAGCGACAAACGGGAAUAUUUCGUCAGACGAGGAAUGGACCUAUGAGCCCAUUCGGAAGAUACUAUUGAAAUAAAAAAUAUACUAUUAUCUAGUAA